UAUAUAUCCCCAAUUCGCCGCACAUCGAACAAACCGCGUCCCAACCGAAAUCCCCAAUUCCCCACACCCAGAGCGUCGGUGAGAGAGCGAGAUGGCGUCGGCGACGGAGAUGCAGCCGCUGGCACCGUCGGGCUACCGCCGGGCGCCGGAGAUGAAGGAGAAGGUGGAGGCCUCGUCGAUCGACCUGGAGGCGGGGAACGGGGAGACGCUCUACCCGGGGAUCUCGCGCGGGGAGAACGCCCUCCGCUGGGGCUUCAUCCGCAAGGUCUACGGCAUCCUCUGCGCGCAGCUGCUCCUCACCACCGUCGUCUCCGCCGUAACCGUCUUCCACCCCACCCUCAACGCCACGCUCUCUAACUCGCCCGUCCUGGCGCUCGUGCUCGCUGUCCUCCCCUUCAUCCUGAUGAUCCCAUUGUACAUCUAUCAGCACAGGCACCCGCACAAUCUUGCUAUCUUGGGUUUGUUCACUCUGUGCUUGAGCUUCAGCAUUGGUGUGGCUUGUGCAAACACUGAAGGAACCAUUGUGCUUCAGGCUUUGGUACUGACCUCAGCUGUGGUUGUCUCUCUGACUGCGUACACAUUCUGGGCUUCAAAGAAGGGCAAGGAAUUUAGUUACCUUGGACCAUUUCUGUUUUCUGCUCUCACUAUCCUGGUCGUAAUAAGCUUUACCCAGAUCUUCUUUCCAUUUGGACCUGCAUCGAAUGCUGUGAUCGGCGGGUUUGGAGCUCUGGUGUUCUCAGGCUUCAUCGUCUACGACACCGAGAACUUGAUAAAGCGCCACACUUAUGACGAGUACAUCUGGGCUUCCGUUGAACUUUACCUCGACAUCCUCAACCUGUUCCUCACCAUCCUACAGAUGCUCAGGCAGAACGACAACUGAUGAGUCCCAUCUGAUUCACCAGGACCUUGUGCCAACCCGGUCAUAUGUCCAACCUUUAUCUAGUCUUUUGAAUUGCUAUCUACAUAACUCGGAAGACAUGGUAGUGAGUUUUUGCCAUCAUCCAGAGAUGAGGCCAAAGUACAACCAAUAUGUAUAGGUGUUCUAGCGUGAGUUCUGCGCCUAAGUGUUGUUAAACUGCAAACAAUCAGUGAUCGUAUGAACGUUUUGUGCCAAUAA